UAGGUGGGCACGUCGUAAGGCAGAAAAACCUCAAGUUUUGCGGCUGGUAAGGGUCUGAGCCAAGCGAUGGGGGUGAUGCGAGAAGCAUCUCGGAACUCAUCUCGGCCCAAGAUCUCAGCACAGCCGCAGCGCGCCUUCCGCGACCCACUUCGCUUCUUGUGGAGGAAGCCUAAACCCUACCAUGGACCACGCGCGCCGGGCUCGCGGCGGGCAGCCAGGCGCAAGAGUACCCGCGGAGCCCGAGCCGCAGCCGCCGGUGCCGCCCCGGCCGGGGCCCCCGGCUCCGCCUCCUCCCGCCCCGAGGCCUCCCACUCCUCCGCGACCCGGGCCGCCGCCUCGGCCCCCAGCCCCGCCCCGCCGCCAGGCCCCGCCUCCCUCCCCAGCCUGAACCCGGCCCCUGGCUGCCUUUCCCGCUCCUGCAGCGGCGCGCUGGCGGUGGCGUGCGCGCUCGUCUGGCCGGUCUCCAGCACGCCCUCUUGGCCCCGCUGCCCGCACGCCAGCAAGAUGGCGGCGCCCAGCGAGCCCGCGGGCUUCCCUCGCGGCAGCAGUCGCUUCUCCUUCCUGUCGGGCGGCGCGCGCUCCGAGGCCACCGAGGACCUGGUGACAGACGCGCGGGGCCGCGGCGCAAGGCAUAGAGACGACACCGCCCCCCCUGCCGCGGCCCCGGCGCCGCAAGGUUUGGAACACGGGAAGCGACCGUGCCGGGCCUGCGUGGACUUCAAGUCGUGGAUGCGGACCCAGCAGAAGCGGGACAUCAAGUUUAGGGAGGAUUGCCCACAGGAUCGGGAGGAAUUGGGUCGUCACACCUGGGCUUUCCUCCAUACGCUGGCCGCCUAUUACCCGGACAUGCCCACGCCAGAACAACAGCAGGAUAUGGCCCAGUUCAUACAUAUAUUUUCCAAGUUUUACCCCUGCGAGGAAUGUGCGGAAGAUAUAAGGAAGAGGAUAGGCAGGAACCAGCCAGACACGAGCACUAGAGUAUCCUUCAGCCAGUGGCUGUGCCGCCUGCACAAUGAGGUGAAUCGGAAGCUGGGCAAGCCUGAUUUUGACUGCUCGAGAGUAGAUGAGCGUUGGCGUGACGGCUGGAAGGACGGCUCCUGUGACUAGAGAAUUACCAGCAGGGCGAGUGGGGCAUCUAGCCGGGUUCUAUGGGCAACGGCCUGAUUGACGAUUAAAGUGCAUCUGAGCCAA